GCCGCCUCAAUCCCGCCCGCGCUACCUCCAUCUGUGGAGGAGGCCUACCGGCGAAAAUGCAUCCAGCUUAAACAGCGUACCAACGAAGUCGAAGAGGCCAAUGACGCGGCCAGGUUGCGCCUCGCGCGUCUCAAGCGCCAGGUAGAGAAAAUGAGGCUCGAGAGGGCGUUCCUGCUCGAGCAGCUCGCCAAGCGAACGAGCGUCAACGUAGAAGAUUCAGACGGCAGCCCCAGCCCACCGCCGACACCUAAGGAGAAGCCUCUGCGCAUCAAGCGUGGGCACCGCAAGCCGUCGAUGAUUCCAAACCUCGAGGCCACGCCGUCGGCUGCUGGGGGCGGAGGCGGAGGUGGCGGGGGCGGAAGCGCCAGCUUUGUCGGCCGGAGCCUACACACGCACUCGCCGAGCUCCGACACCUUCUCGGCACAGCACCUCGACGGCCAGACGACCAACGGCGUGCACAAGGCGCCUCGGAAGCCCGGCAACGCCUUUGACCUAUACUGCGACGAGAACCGCGACUCUUUCAAGGACAAGAGCGACGACGCGGGCGCUGGCGUUGAGGAAGAGCUCGCGCGCGGUUGGAAGGACCUGCCCGAGACGCAGCGUGAAGAGUUCCAAACGCGCGCCGAAGACGAGAUGGCCAAGUACCACGCCGCAAAAGAAGAUUACGACGAAAAGGCCAAGGCGCGUCGCGAGCGCAGCACCGCCAAGGGUAACGACGCCGAUGACACGGAGCGGCGGACGGCGGCAGAAGAAGCACGCGCCGACCAAGCGCAAGAAGACAUCGAGAUGGACAUGGGAAACUACGAUACAGAUCAGGAGACGCAGGGGGAGAAGCCAGAUGAGUAG